AUGCGGCAAGUCUUAGAAAUGAUUUUCGUUUCUUUCAAGUCUGUCUCCGCUGCUGCUUCUCAUCCACUCCACACUCCCCUCUGUGCUUGUGUCUCUGCUGUGUUCGCUGCUGUGGUGCCGUGCCGGUGUGUGCCUCCUGCACUGAGAUCCAAGGACACAGCAACAGCCAUGCCAAGGGGUGGUGCUUCUCUAAAAGUCUCCAAGGGCACAGCAGCUGUCAUGCCACGAGAUGGUGAAGAGGUGCUUCUCAGAGAGGAGGUGCUGUGCGAGAUGGUGCUGUGCGAGAUGGUGCUGUGCGAGAUGGUUCUGUGCGAGAUGGUGCUGUGCGAGAUGGUGCUGUGCGAGAUGGUGCUGUGCGAGAUGGCGCUGUGCGAGAUGGCGCUGUGCGAGAUGGCGCUGUGCGAGAUGGCGCUGUGCGAGACCAAGGGCACAGCAGCAGUCAUGCCAAGGGAUGGUGCUUCUCAGAGAGGUGCUGCACGAGUUAGCAUCCUCACCCUAUGGCUCGCCAUGGCAGUACGGUAA